UGAACUUCAGCUCUUUCCCGGGGGCCUUUGCAUUCAGGCACACCUGAAGUGUCAGGACACAGCCCAGGCGGCAGGCAUCAAUCUACCAGCAUCACCAGUGUCCCUGCCUUUCUUUCCUGUCCAGUUGAGAUCAUUCAAACACUGGUUUUUCACUAUUGACAAGAAAAGACAGUCCACACAACAGCAAGUAUAUACUGGUUAAAAUUUUUCCAUUUUAACUGUUUGUUUUGUAUAUGUGGUGAAAAUGAGAAUUUCAGACACAGGCACGUUGGGAGGCUCCUUUGCAGUGGGGAGCUCCGCGGAGCUACAGAGGAGGCCGACUGGGAGUUGUAGUUUCUUUUUCUCUUCGAGCUGAGCUGCAAGCCACAGGAUCGGACGGGGAGCCAUCCGUUUCUUUUACAGUAAGUAGGAACAGCAAUGGACCAAAAUGAAUGCAGUCACUCUGGACUGUAUAUGGAGAAGCAACGUGCCGGAGGGUCAGAGCUGAGGAUCCUUCUCGUGGGCAAAACGGGAACUGGCAAAAGUGCCACAGGGAACAGCAUCCUCGGCAAGCAAGCCUUUAAGUCGCAGCUGAGCACCCAGACCAUCACGAAGACCUGCAGUGGAUGUCAAGGAAGCUGCAGAGAGAGAGAGAUGCUCAUUAUUGACACGCCAGAUUUGUUUUCUGGGGAGGACCGCUCUGAGUCCUUGUACAGAGAGGCCCAGCGAUGCUACUUACUCUCGGCCCCAGGGCCCCACGUGCUGCUCCUGGUGGCUCGGCUGGGCCGCUUCACGGCCCAGGAUCAGCAGGCCACCCAGAGGCUGAGGGAGGUGUUUGGAGAGGAUGCCAUGAGACACACAAUUGUCCUCUUCACCCACAAGGAGGACCUCGAGGGAGGCUCCUUGGCAGAGUACAUCCAUGACUCCGAUAACAGAGCCCUACACGAGCUGGUGGCAGCAUGUGGGGGCCGAGUGUGUGCCUUUAAUAACUGUGCUAAAGGGCGUGAGCGAGAUGACCAAGUGAAAGAGCUCAUGGAGUUGAUUGAGGGCCUGGUGACAGACACACGGGGUGACCAUUAUACCAACGUGCUCUAUGGCCUAGUAACAGGGUUAGAAUGUGGACCUGUGCGGUCAGAGGAAAGGUUAAAGGAUUUCAAAAAGAGUCUUAUAAAGUACAUGGACAUUCAGAGAAGUCACACAACCACAGCCAAAGCGCAUUGCCUGAAAGGAGCCCUAUUCAAAGCACUGGUCUGCAUUUUAUUUUGUGUUCGGCUGUGCAUUCAAUUGCUAAUUCUGUUAUUUUGUAUAUUGUACAGAGUGUGCAGCUGGUUUUGCUUCUUUCUCUGUAGUGUGUACAGUAUACCCCCAAAAUUAAAGAUAAUUCUGAAAAAGACCAUUGGACAGGAACGCAAGACUCCUAGGUUAUAGACUGGUAAUUAUUUACUCACUGUCAUGUAGGGGGUGAAUCACAGUGCCUCUCCUAUAAAAUGCAGUGCCUGACCUCAGUAAAUGUUUGAGAUUCUGUGAAAUGUUGACCUCACUCAAUUUAUUAAUGAACCAAAAAUUUUUUUAAGUUACUGUUUUGAGAUAUAAUACCAAAACCUUCUGAAAGCUGUUAACAUAAAAUUCCUCUCAUUUGCAAAUCUCUAAAGCCAGUUUUAUGUUUCUGGAAAUUCCUUUUCUUCUUUAUGAUAUAAUUUCUACUAAAUAUAAUAAAAAUAACAAUGAAGUUUCUACUCAGCCUAAUAAAAUAAUAGUAAGUAAA